AUGCGAACCACCUCGUCCAAUUUCAGACUCUGGCCUCGUUGUGCAACCUCGGUGGCACCCUCCUCCCCCAUCCACCGCCCGCCAACAAGCAUGGCCAUACCCCGUUCCUAAACCUGUCUUGCUUCCAAUACCAGUCCUCCUCCAGUUACUAAACCUAUCAUGAACGGUCACUUCGCCGCGGUCGGCGACGCGCCGGCUGCUGAACAAUACGACCAUGGCGUCCAAGUCAUCGACGAGGACAAGCAGUACAACACCAACCUGAGCCACUACCUCGCCGGCACCCAGGUGGCCAACGCUGGCUUCAAUUAUCACCUUAUCUCUGUCUUCGGCUCCCAGUCCACCGGAAAGUCAACUUUGUUGAACAAUCUGUUUGGAACCGACUUCAGUGUCAUGUCCGAGACGGAACGCCGUCAAACCACAAAGGGAAUAUGGAUGUCUAAAAACAAGAAGGAAAGCACGGCCGAUGGCUCCGUCAAGCUCGCGGACAACAUCCUGGUCAUGGACGUCGAGGGUACCGACGGCCGUGAGCGCGGCGAAGACCAAGAUUUUGAGAGGAAGAGCGCCUUGUUCGCACUGGCAACGAGCGAGGUCCUGAUUGUCAACAUCUGGGAGCAUCAGGUUGGUCUGUAUCAGGGCGCAAACAUGGGCCUCCUAAAGACCGUCUUCGAGGUCAACCUGCAGCUUUUCCUCAAGGACAAGAAUUCAACGCCCAGAUCCCUCCUCUUCUUCGUCAUCCGCGAUCACCUCGGAACCACCCCGUUGGCGAACCUACGAAACACCUUGAUCCAGGAUCUCACCAAGAUCUGGACCUCGUUGUCUAAGCCCCCGGGUCUUGAGGAGUCCAAGAUUGAGGACUACUUUGACUUCGCUUUCGCAGCUCUUCCGCACAAGAUCCUGCAGCCCGACAAGUUCGUCGCAGAGGUCGAUAACCUGGGCAAGAGGUUUGUGGCAGGACAUCGAUCAACCAAGGACCAGGAAUUCGAAGGCGGGGUCUUCCUUGCAGAAUACCACCGUAGGAUUCCUGCCGAUGGCUUCCCCGUGUACGCAGAGGGCAUCUGGGACCAGAUUGUCAACAACAAGGACCUCGACCUGCCGACCCAGCAGGAGCUGCUUGCUCAGUUCCGUUGCGACGAGAUCGCCCGCGAGGUCCUGACCUCUUUCGACGCUGCAAUUGCCCCUCUCGAAGAACAGCAGGCAGAGGCAGUCCGCGCGGGCAAGACGACGGUACUGCCAGACCUCGGUACGACUUGCAAGGCUUCUCGUGAGAAGACAACCAGGGCGUUCGAGACACAAGCGAGCCGUUACCAUAAGGGCGUCUAUAAGAGGAAGCACGUUGAGCUCGAGGAGAAGAUUGAUGCGCGUCUGAAGGCACUGUAUCAUGGCCAGCUCACAGCUGCGCACAAGGCCGGUGUGGCAGCUUUCACAGAUGCUGUCACCAACGCUGUCAAGGCUGGUCAGAAGGCAGGCGGUCAUUACGAGUUCGCGGAGAUCGUUGAGAAGCAGAAGAGGAAGACCCUGGAUAUCUACAAGAAGGAGGCGCAGAGCCUGGCCAUCGAAGGCGUUCCAUGGACCAACUUCAAACCCCAAUACUUGAUGUUUGGUAAGGAGCUGGACGAGGUCGGCGCAAGACUGAGGAAAGAGGAGAUGCGCCGUCUGGCUACUCGCGUGGAACGUUGGGUCAAGUCUCGCCUCGGCGACGCUGUUGGGCUGGAGUUCAACAAAAUCGGAUCUGGCCGUGGUGGCUCGGGCGCCCCAGAGGAAGGGGAGAAGCCAACCACUGAGAAGGAUCUGUGGGACCGUAUUUGGAAGGUUUUUGUGUCUAUUGUCAAUGAAGCACAAGAUCGAUUCAAGGACCGAGCCAAGAACCUGGAGGCCACCGACGAAGAGGUCGAAAUCGGGCUCUGGAGGCUCCGACGCAAGAGCUGGGUGGCUCUGCGCGAGAAGGUCGAGGAGGAGGUGAUGGAGGGCAACAUUCUUCUCAAGCUGCGUGAGAACUUUGAGGACAAGUUCCGCUAUGACGAGUCAGGUGUCCCAAGAAUCUGGCGCCCCAGCGACGACAUUGAGGGGAUCUAUACUCGGGCGCGCGAGUCGACCCUGGUCCUCAUCCCCUUGUUGUCGAGGUUCAGGCUGUCGGAGACGUACGGCCCGCCCGACCUGCCUGCGUUUAUUGGCAAUCAGCCUGCCGGGGUUGAACCUGGGGAUGAAGAAGAUCUCUCGCCGAUCGGCGGUGUUGACGAAGAGGAAGGCAAGAGCCUCGAAGAAGAAAUGACUGUGCUCAGCGAGAGCAAGAGGCAGGAUCUUGUGAUCCGCUUCAAGAAGACGGCAGAUGGCGUCUAUGUGGAGGCGAAGCGCAGUGCCCUGGGUGGUAUGACGCAGAUACCUCUUUAUUUCUACGUCGUUCUUUUGGUGCUUGGGUGGAACGAGAUAUGGAUGGUUCUGCGCAACCCGGUCCUGUUCAUAUUGUUGUGUCUCACUGCGGGUGGCACGUAUCUUGCAUACAACCUGAACCUGCUGGGACCCAUGAUGCAGAUGAGCAAUGCUGCUACCAACCAGGCCGUCGAAAUUGGAAAGCAGAAGCUUCGGGAUUUUCUGGAAAACAACGAGACGGCAAGGUCGGCAUUGGCCAUGCCGCCCAGGAAGGAUACGGACUCGAUCAGCAUGGACACGCUCGACUCAAAAGGAAAGCGACGGGAGAAGGAUGAGGACGAGGAUGAUAUCUGAUCCUUGCAGGACUGUUUAUAUAUGUACUUUUGGGUUUUUGCGCAUUACUACCUAGGUACCCAAGCCAGCGCAGGAUAUCCUGUAGUUUCAUAAACCCCAUAGAAAGCCUUCAACACCUGAACUCCUAAUGCUGCAGACCGCAAUCAAACCCCUCUAGUCCGUCCCUGUAGAUAUUACUAAAAUGCUUCCAGCCCCGCAGGUGUCCCGAACCAUGCACCUAGCUCAUCGGCGUCCUUGUCCCGGCCGUCGCUCGCCACGAAAAAGUCGGUUAACCUGGCCGUCUCGCCGUCAUCCUCGACGGGCCACUCAACCUUGACACCGUUCCCCUUGGCCUCGAUCAUGUCCUUGGCCGUGCCCCAGCUGAACCUGCACUCGGGACCCCACCCGAACACAGGAUGCAUGUUGGACUUCAUCCAGGUGACGCACUUCCCAUCAGAGGGGUAGCCAGAGCCCCAAGCCAUGCCCGCAGCCCCGUCCUGCCCGCCAUCCGCAGCGGCGGCGUGGCGCCGGUACAGGACCUCCAGGGCGGCGUCCCUCGUCACCUUGGCGCAGACGCUGGCGGCGGAAACGCAGGGGUACAGGGAGUCGGCCUUCUUGGCGACGGUGAUGCUGACAGAGGGGAACACGCGCUCGAGCUUCUUCUGGUAGGCGGCGGGCUGGCCGAUGGUGUCGACGUAUAUCUCCUUGACGUUGACGCCGCGUGCCAGCACGCCCUGGAUCAGGGCCACGGUGGCGUCCAUGGCCUGGGCGUUGAGGUUGUAGGCGGCCGAGGGCCGCAGCAUGUUGGCCGAGAUGUCGCGGGCGGACAGGGCGGUGGUGGCCCAGCCGCAGCGGGAGUGCAGCGCGUCGUCAUGGUCGGCGGAGGCGUCGCUGUCGGCAUCGGGCGAGGGCGUGCAGAGCUUCUCCAUGAGGGCGGACCGCACGGCCGGGGUCAGCACCUUGGAGUCGUCGAAGCGGUGCUUCUCGCGGAGCAGUGGGUCGGACAGCUCGAGCGGCAGGUAGAAGACGCCGUAGACCAUGGGGCCCAGCACGGGCCCGCGGCCGGCCUCGUCGACGCCCAGGCAGCAGGGGACGCCGUCGCCGGGCUCUGAGGACGGGGAGGCGAGGGCGGGAGGAACGGGCGAGAAGUGUGAGUAGCUGUCGCCGGCCAGGAGUGGGCCGUCAUGGAUCGAGGGCGGGAUGAAGACGUCCGAGGCUGGUGUUUCGAGGGCCGUGUCGGCCUCGGUCAUUUGUGUGUCCUCCAUUUGUGUUUGCUUGGGCUCUCUGUCUUGUUCGUUCGAGGCUGGGUCGAGAACCCCGACGUUUUUGUUGACAUUGUAUCCCUGAAGGGUAAAGCGCGG